UAUACUUCUCUAUGUUAUAGCCUUUCACACCAUUCACUAAGUUACACUUUGGUUUCUCAUGUUCAUUUUUCUUGUUUUAUCCACAUCUAACCAAGAGAGCCACAUUGCUCAUUAUUCCUUUACUAAAACCAAGGACAAUAAACAUGAUUAAACCUACUUUUAUCCUCAGUUGCUACUAAUUAGUAUAAUAAUCCGAUUACCAUCAUUGAGCAUGAUCAAGAUUUGUUCUCGAUUUAUCAUUUUAUCCAAUUUAAUCUAAUGAAUCUUGCACUUACACUUGCAGCUUGCACGUUGGAUUUCACUCCAUAUCCAUACAGACCUUUAGGUGGAUGCCAUGGCGUCAAAGAGAGCGCAAGCGACUGGAACAUCUUCCCCCGCACCAGCUGCUGCCAAGAAGCUCUCGUUGUCUACGCGCGAGCAUUAGCUCUCGUCGCAAAAAACAGCUCAUCAGGGACCAUCUUCCUCAGCCAAGACCAGUGGACCGACUGCACUGGUGCACCCUUCCAGCUGCAGCCCAACAUCUCGACCCAAAGCUGCGGCUUCAACGAUUUCUACUAUGGAAGUGGCAAGUGCUCGAUGCUGAAGCUUUCGGACAUCGACCCGAAUGUCACCAGCCAGUGCUCCAGCUUCGCCUCUUACGACAAAGCCUGUGGGAUUUGCACGGAGAAGAUAUCAACGGCGUUGGAUACGAUGAUGGAAAGUCUGGAUGUGAAGGGUAAUGAUACUGAGAGACCUACCUGUCUAGUUGGCCUUAUUGUCUCAGUUAUUGCUGGGAAGAAGAGUGAUGCCUCUGAUGAUUUUGAGAGAUGCUUGCCCACUUUGGCCGGUCCAGCACCUCAUAACUACAUCAAGAUAAGCUAUGGUGUGGCUGAAGCUCUACUAGCAGUGGUUCUGGCCAUGAUCGCCUUAGCUGCAAUCAUAACGCUGAUAAAAUACGUAACCAAGAAUGAAAAGCAGCAGAAGAAGAGGAAAUUACCAGAAACAAAAGGCGUGGCGGAUAUCAAUGGCCUCUACAUGUUCUCAAAGACGGAGAUUGACAGCGCGAUAAACCACAGAGGCGAGAAGUGGUGCUUAGGAAGAGGCAGUGCAGGCAUGGUUUACAAGGGUGUACUUCCCAGUGGGCAGUUGGUGGCAAUCAAGCAGAUAUACAAGAGCAACACGUCGGAUUCGUUCACCCGGGAAAUAGAGGGCCUUUCGAGGGUCAGGCAUCCGAAUCUCGUGUGUCUAUUUGGCUGCUGCAUAGAGGAUGGGGAGCAGUACCUCGUGUACGAGUACUGCCCUCACGGGAACCUUGCUCAGCAUCUUCUACGGAAUGACGCUGUCCUAAUGUGGGAGGACCGAGUGAGAAUCCUGAGGGAAUGCGCAUUAGCUCUUAGGUAUCUUCAUCACCACACGAAUGGAUGCAUCGUUCAUAGAGACAUCAAGCUGACAAACAUUCUUCUCACUGAAGAUAUGCAAGCAAAGCUGUCUGAUUUUGGUCUGGCUAGGAUGUUAGGUAUGGAAGAAAGUAAAGUGUUUACCGAUGUUCGAGGAACGAUAGGAUAUAUGGAUCCUGAAUAUAUGAGCAAUGCCAAACUAACCAGUGCCAGCGACAUCUACAGUUUUGGCAUUGUCAUGCUGCAGCUCUUAUCCGGGCAGAGGGUCAUCGAGCUCGAUCUGGACGCAAGAGACCAGCUCACCAGGAAGGUUCUUUCAUCAUUGUAGCCAAAUAUGAUCUCAAAUCUGCACACACACACACACACAAAUAAAUAAAUUAUUUUUACAUCUAGGAAAGAGGAUUGAGAAUAUGAAAAUGAUGCAGGCAAAAGAUGUGAACAUGCAAAAACGGCCACUAGCAGAUUUUCAAGAUCGUAAGAUGAAAGGAAAUAUUGUGACGGUGGAUUUUAAGUCCAUACUGCAAUUAGCAGUGCUGUGUGUGGCAAGUUCCAGCACCGGCCGCCCAGCCAUAGGUGAGGUUGUAGAUGAGCUCGAGAAGGCUUUGAAAAACACACAGCUGGAAAUGGUUAGUUCAAUCCGUUGCUACGUAAACAUUCAUAAUAUGCAUAUGCCAGUAUGUAAGUGUGUGUGUUAUUUGGAACGGGAAAUCACUAACAAGGCACUUGGUUGGCUUGCAGAGACCAAGGGAGAAGAGUUCAUUUGAAGCAACACCCGAAGUGAUUCAUGUGUGAUCCAAAGAUGAUGUUUGUAGAGAAGCUUCAUACAAAUAAUAGAAAGACGCGACGUAAAUACACUGAAUUAGUGACCAUGAUGCCCGAGAGCGAGGUUUUCUCAGCUCAGCACUCCUGUUACAUAGAGUAUAUUUUAGCAAGAGAGUAACGUUUAGUACCUUCCAUUGUCCCUUUAUUUUCAGCAAAACCAAGGAUUUAUUUCAGGGUUUGAACUCAAUCCUCAAUUGACUAAAGGAACUUACAGCAACAACCUCACAAAAUGAUAAAGAUGGUCAUAAACAUCAUCCAGAAAUCGAAUAACAAUAAC